CCGCGAAAACAAAAAGAACAACACAAGCGUACUGGUACCGGUGUUGAGAAUUUGAAUUUGGGAAACUACUAUACAUUUAUUAACAUUAUGAGUAGAAAUGUGGAAAUUAAGGCUAAAAUAGACGAUCUGAAAGGAUUUCUUAAAAGAGCCGCUCUUACUUCAGGUAAACUAGAAGCUAUUUUGCAUCAAGUAGAUACUUAUUUCAAAGUACCAAACGGACGUCUUAAAUUACGUCAAAUUCAGAAUGAGAAGUCUGAAUUGAUUUUUUAUGACAGACCAGAUACAGAAGGACCAAAACUUUCAAAUUACUACAAACAAGUGUUUCAAAAUUUUGAAGAAGCUGAAGGUCUUAAAAAAGUUUUGGAAUCAUCUCUUGGAUUGGUUGGAAUCGUAAGUAAACGAAGGCAUUUAUUCAUGUAUGGUCAGACUAGGAUUCAUGUUGAUGAUGUGAAAAAUUUGGGCCAUUUUAUGGAAUUAGAGGUUGUGCUAGAAGAAGGAGAAUCAUUAGAAUAUGGUGAAAAAAUUGCCCAAGAUUUAAUGACAAAAUUAGGAGUACAAAAAGAAGAUUUGUUAUCAGGAUCAUACAUAAAUUUAUUAACAAGUAAAGGGGUCUAAAAUUAUUUACAAAAUAAUGAAAUUUCUGAAAAAAUUAAUAAUUUCAUGUAUUGUAAAUGACCAGCUGAUAAUUUAAAUCAAUGAAAUUCCUAAUAAAAUGAUUAUAUUUUUUUUAUUCUGGAU